UGGAGUCGAGUCAAUUUGCGCGAGGCGGAACGGCCCCCUUCAGUGUUGCACUCGGGCGCUAGGCCACCUCGCGCUCCUUCGGCUGUUGUUGGCUAUAACACGUGCGUUUGAAACGGGGACACCCGCGUACGGUCGCUUGGAUAUUUCCCUCUUCACACUUACCAAAUUCCAAUGGGUCCGCGAACAGUGUUGCUAUGUGCCUGCCUGGCAGUGGCAAGCGCGAGCCUUGAAGUCGUCAACCAGUGGAGUUUUAUGCAGUUCGACUUCCCCCCGGACCCCGUACUUCUCGAGAAGUUCCAGCCAGAGAACACUGUUCCAACUGGUUUGGAAGUAGGCUGGGAUAGAAUUUAUCUCGGCAUUCCUCGUCUCCGCGCUGGAGUUCCGGCCACACUUGCCUGGGUUCCUAGAUCCCUUCCACCAGGCGUUAGUCCGGUUUUGCAGGCAUAUCCUGACUGGUCCUGGCAUACGGCUGGCCGUGGCGACAUCAACUGUACCGGCCUGAUCUCCGUGUACCGGAUCCGCGCUGACCGCUGCAACCGACUAUGGGUUUUGGAUGCUGGUGUGCUUACCAGUCUCGACGACUUCCGAAGAGUUUGCCCUCCCAAGAUUCUCAUCUUUGACAUGGCUACAGACCGUUUGGUGCGAAGCGUAUACUUCCCCCGCGAGUUGCUCCGUCCCGCGACUCUGCUCACCAACAUCGUGCUGGACGACAGCAGGUCGAGCUCCCGACACUCGUCGUGUGACAACCUCUUCGCUUACAUCACCGAUACUGUCGCUCCAGGCAUAAUUGUCUAUGACGCUCGCCGGGACAACGCCUGGCGUGUGACUCACGCCUCUAUGUACCCGGACCCAGAUCUCGGGGAAUACGACAUUGGUGGCGAAAAGUUUACCCUCAUGGACGGAGUUGUGGGCCUCGCUCACUCGCCUGCUCAAGGACUUGUGUACUACCAGCCGUUAGCUACUGACAGAAUGUUCAGCGUAUCGUCGGCAGUACUCCAAUCAGGUCCCCCCGCAGAAGGCACUGAUUUGCCCGUGAACCUUGUGGGGCGCAAAUCAUCUCAAGGGCUCGGCAUAGCAGUGGACCCUCGUGACGACACUAUCGUCUUCAGCCCUAUGACGGAAACCGCUAUUGCUGCGUGGAACCCUAUCACCAACUCGCACAGAGUUCUGGCGCAGGAUCCUGAAAAGUUGCAGUUCUGUGCUGAGGUGAGGUGGGUGGAGAGAGACAAUGGUGCCGUGUGGGCGUUGUCUACCCGCUUCCACAAGUACUUCAAGCGCACUGCCUCCAAGCAUGAGAUUAACAUCCGCGUCGUCCGUGUGGUGGAACCCGGAUUCGGUGGGGCUUACGUCCCCAUACAGCCUCACAUCUUGCGCCGAGCGGCUAACUUCACGCCGUCUCUAUACUAAACUAUUGCAUUCAUAAACCCGUAUUAAUGUGUAAGCUUGCGCUAGUUACUUUACAAUAUCACUGAAACGACAAUAUCGCAGUAACCGGCAAACUCCUUGGAAUGUAGCCUUAAGGAAUGUCGAUUUUCUUUCUACAAACGCUUCGAAAAUUUAAAAAUGGGAAUGAUAUUCACUAUCGACACGUCACGUGAUCAAGUUGUCGUUCGCAUCUGUCAUUCCUAUACAUUUUGUUAGUUUUUGAAGCGUUUGCUUUUGUAGAAAGAAAAUCGACGUACCACAUUGCUAAGGCCUUUUAUUCUUUGACGAUGUUUUUUAACUCGACAGUGUGAGUUUUCAGUUCGUUCUUUCUCUAUCUAUGAUUUAUCUCAUUAGUAUGAGUCUCAAAUUUUUUUUUUCAUAACGUUCGAGUUACAAAAAAUCGUUUCAGAAUAACCAUAGAUCAGUACCUAAAUGUUUCAGAUUAUGUUUUAGAAAGAGAUAAUCUGCAGGCUUCUAUUUCGUUGUGUCAUCACUAUCGCACGAGAUACUAGUCCGGCCGCUCUAACAUUGCGUUUCUAUCAGAUCGUGAUCGAAAAGCGCUGUUUCAAGGUUAUGCCAACUGUUUGUCGUUGUAGUGAUGAGAUACAAGACAAUUGUAAUUGAAUAAUUUGAUUUGAAUUGAUAAAACGUCACAUAGAAAUACAGAGAUACCAGGGGAAAAAAACAAAUUUCUCCCUUAUUUGACGCUUGUGCGAGUAUUGUACAAAGCGGUAGGUACAUACCAUAAAGGUUCUUAAAAUAGAAACUCCUAAAAUGAAGGUGAAAUUGAAUGAAGAAGUGAAUUUUAUUGUAAGCAAAUUACUAAAAAUAGCUUUUAUUAAUACGGGUUAUAUAAAGAGGCUUAAUUUACACGCGAAACCGCAACUUUAUUCCGUUGGGAAAUACCUACCUACCUUUUGAAUUCCGUAUUGCGCGGCUUUUUCCAAGAUUUCUGCUUCAGUCGUGACGUAGAACUAAUUAUGAGGAACUAGUGGAUAAAACAUAGUUUAAAAAGCCAAGGUUUUAAAUCACAGAAUUUAUUUUUAAACAUGGCUUAAAUAAAAAUGAGCUGCUGUACCCUCAUUUGAUUACUAAACAAAUUAGGCAGAACAAUUAGAGGUCUUUAAGAAUAUUAAUCUUUAAGAACUAUUGGGCUAAAUAUAAUAGACUGAACUAUCAAAUGUUCACUGUCUACCUAACUUAUCUUUGCCAAACAGCUUAGUUAAAAUUCAUAGGACCUCAUUCACAAUUGUGAGUGUUUAUUAUAAUAUACAGGGUGCUCGGGAGUAUUUCCCAUAACUUCAAGGUGUUGAACCCACUUAUAGGAGCCUGCAUAGCUAAUAUUUAUCUAACUAAAAAAAUAAACACUUUUUGUGUUUUUUAUACAAAGUAAUUCAAAUAAUUCCGCCUAAAAUUCCACACGCCUUUAUUUAUACUUGCAUUUUAAAAUACGUAAAACUUGGCUACGUCAUAAUUAUAAGGAUGCGUUUAAAGGACAAAUUUUUCUAUUCAUAAAAGAAAUAUUAUUUACAUCGAAAAUAUUAAUUUUACAACACAUGUUCCUUGAACAUUUUAAAUUAAUUUUCGGUAAAAAAUAUAACCCCAGAGUUAUAGAAAAUACUCCCGAGCAUCCUGUACAUACCUACGAGUAUAUGAAUUAACAUGUUAUGAUCAUAAAUUUACGAUUCGGUAUAAGUACAUUAUAAUUUUAUGGUUAUGAUGGUGUCACGAUAGUUUGCUUAUAACUGGCAAAAAUUAACUGUAUUUGACAAGAAAACAUCUGAAUCAACUAUCUACUAAAUUGAGCCAAAAAGAUGACUGUGUCUAAUAUUUCAAAUUACGGUCUUAAAAUGACCAUUAAAUCGUUUAAUAGAACGUAACUUUUUAGUCAACUACUUCUGGUACUUGCAAGCAAUCUAAACUAGGAAUUUCGGAAUUAGAAAUUAUCUACGAAUUUUUAUAGACGCGGGCACUCUGUGUGAGUAUAGAAAGAAAAAAAAGAAAGAAAAGUUUAUUCAGAAUACACAUCAUACAAAGAAUAAAUUAAAUACAUUGCAACUUGCAUGAUGUGAUCCUAAAAGGGUCUCCACUCAGCAUAUUGCAGUUUCGAAUUAGUCUCUAUUUAUCUCUCUCUAACACAAUAGAAAGAGAGAGAUAGAAACAAAUUAGAAACUCAUACAGUAAAGUUACUAAAAUAUCAAUACAGAAUAGCGUUAUUGUUCUGAAUUACUAUUACAGAAGUACUUACAUUUACGUAAAGUUGUGUGAGUACCACGUCACAGUUCGAUUGAUUAGUCUCGGAUACAACCUAAAACAUUUGAUCGGUCCUUGUAAACGGUCCUUUACUGUUAAUGACGUGUACAUAGCAACAUAUUUAAAUAGAUUUUCAAGCUUUUUCGUUGCGUGUUUAAUCUAAAUAGCUAUUGAAUGAUUUCGUUGGAUCACAAUACAGCUGAACGUGUUUUUGUUUCCUCAAUAAAAACAACUAUCCUUAACAAAUCAAUUAUGAAUGGUUCACGCGGCGGCUUGUUCAUGAAAUCGUGCUUAUCUUUGUAGAACAAGGUAACAAUGCAAACAUACAAUUACAGAAACCAUAAAUGAUGCAUACGUAGGUUUCCUACGUUUUCCUUUAGCCUUAUUGUGGUAAGAUCCACGUUCAGGCAAUAGAAGUAUUUUCAAAAUAAGCCAUUACGAUAGUUAAGGUACAUUCACAAUUCACAUCAAUCGUCAUUUAUGGUACUGUAUGAAAAUAAAGCUACCUUAACCUUACCUACCUACUAACCUUAUUCGGAACUAGUAAGGCUUCUUAAAAACAUAGAAGUACCUUAACCAUCCCCCUAUUAUUAGUAGAUGUGCUCUAGAAAUAGCAUAGGGCAUUACCACUAGACAACAUGAAUAUAAAGUUCCUUAAUACUAUACUUAUAAUAAAGUUGGACAAACUCUAAACAUUACUUCGCAAUUUGAGAUUUUACUUAUACCAUUUGUAACACCAAACGUUACCGUGGCAUAACGUACUACCAGCGCCAUCUAGAACUUAUAAUAAAACUGAAACAGUUCAAAUUCUGUACAUUCUGUACAUUGAAGCUAUUUUGAAAAUAGAGGCUAUAGACCUAUACUCGUAGCUCUCUGGUAUUCUACCAAUUUACUUAAAUGUUAAUCAGUAAACACUUAUCAUAGGGAAACUGCAACUUUUCUAUUAAAGAGUGGGUGCUACAAGGUACAGUAGUCAGCCCUAUUUUAAUUUGUAAUUGUACCAUAAGCUGUGACAUUAACGAAAACGAGACCAGUAAUUGAAACAUUUGCUAGACAUAAAUAAAUUAUUAGACAUAAUACAAUAAAUUAUUCAUAAUUUAGUAUCAGUUAAGUUACAGUGCGCGCAUAUUUAGAAGCAUAUGAAUGAAAUGGGGUCUAUUCUUGCUUAUGCAUGAUAUUUUGGUACCAAAUCUGCUCAAAGAAUAAUUUCUCCUUCCAAUAAAUAAUUUCCUUUGAUCGUGAAUACGUAUGAAUGUAAUGCGUUUGUUUAAAUGUCUGUUAAUUUAUGUGUAUCUAUUGUAUUUUGACAUAUAAAUAUUUUUUUCAUAUAUAUUGUAACUCUAUUUUAUAUAAACUUACUUAAUUACCUAAUAAGACAAAUACAUCUUUUCUCCAGUGAUAAUGUAUAUCUUUGAUAUUAUCCACGAUCAAGUUCACGAUCGACGAUCAAGUAAAACAAUGACACAUUUGACAUUGUUUCGAUCGGUCUACCGUAUUCGGAGACCUGAGUGCCCAGUGGGAGUAUUCAAUAUUUUCAUACUGUUACUAUCGCGUUGACGUAAACGCGAAUUUAUAUGGAAUUGAAACAGUUGUGCAGUAGUGCCACUAGAUAGCGCUGUUUCAAUUCCUUAGACAUCCGCGUUUACUUUAACGCGAUAGUAACAGUAUCAAACUGCCACUAGGCCCUCUGAUUAUAUUGUAUAAUUCGUAUUAGCUUAAUAUAUAGUGUUAGUAUGUGAUCUUUAAGUUACCACUACUUAAUGUUUUACUAAGCUAGUGUGUAAACUUACAAUAGUAAAUCUAAAAUCUUUUACAGCAAUUGCAACUGUAAAUAUGAAAUGCUUAUAAACUUACUGUAAAAGUUAAGUAACGAAUUAUAUAUCGUUUUAUAAUAAGUAUAUAAUUUGGAAAGAAGAGAUACAUAUUUUAGAAUUUAUUUUUUAUUUUUGUAAUAUUCAUUUUGUACUUUUAUAAUAGACAAUAAAAGUUUUAAAUGUAAAA